AUAAACCGCAACGGAACAAGAUAUCGAUUCUUUUUAUCGUAUUUUAAAACGAUUGGUCAGUUCAGUUCAAUUUGUUUGCGUAUGUGUUACGUCUCAAGAAUUUUUUGACAUCGAUAUCUAAAAAAGUAAAAAAGAUUGAUUAGACAGUUCCAAUGGUGAUAGAGGAAGAGAUGUUAUCACUUUCUCGGCUACAAUACCGGAAGUAUAAAAAACUGAUGAUUUGAAAGGAACUCCAAGAAUAAAAUGCGAUUAUUUAAAAGACGAUGUUCUGACCCCAAUCCUCAGUUAGUAAGUCUACAACCAAUUUCCGACGUAGCAGCCCCAACCAGAACGGAUUCGAAUUCUUCUUUAAAUUCUACUGACAGCGAGAUAGUAAAACCAAAACAUAACAACGGUUUUACAACAUGGGGUAAGAAAGUUGGGCGCAAGUGGGACCAAAUCAAACGUAGUGAUUCAUCUGAAAUCCUAUCCACGUCAGGACGGCGUCGCCACUGGUCUCCAUUGCGAUUUCGCAGCGAAAGCACCCAACACCACGAUGGAAUCAACAAUCGAAAAGUUUCACGAGUCGACUCAUUGCGGAAUAUGUUUUCGCGAAACGACAGGCAUUUUGAACCAAACUCAAACUGUCUAAGCUCUGAACUGUUACCAAUUGACGUUAAAAAAAUUUACGAGGUUUACAAAGAAGCCAGUAACCGAAAAUAUGACGACAGAACGACCAGAAAUAAAAAACGAACAAAAUCCCUAGCAAAUAACCUUGAACUAAACGAGCAACAAUUCUUGGAGUACUUACUUCUAAUUAAACCCACCACUAAAGAAGAGUUUCAGAAACUCAUUAACGAGUUAUCCGAACAAGAUCAACAAUUAACCCAUAAAAUGGAAGUACUAACUGAAAACAAACCGACUUACAAGCAUUCGCGAAAAUUCAAGGUGGUUAAAAACAUAUUUUCCAAGUUUUCCUCAAAAUCCGACGACGAAGGUGAUACUGUUUGUUCAAAAUCCAGCAAAAGUGGCAGUCUAACCAGCUUAAGCGAGCUCAUUCUGACCAGCUCAAAGAAGGCCUUCUCCCUUUCGGAAAUUUCGCGGGUGCUACCUUCGAAACCUGCCGUAAUCAAAUCUGACGAAAGCGGAUAUGGCAGUGACGGCACUCGAAUGGAUUCCCCUAGAGGCUCUAUCAAAUCCCAAGUCAGUAAUCUAUCAGAAGAUGUGCAAAGCAGCGGAUCUUCUACAGAUACAGAUACCACCAUAUCAAAUUUAUCAAGCGACUACAAGCCGACUUCAUUGAACGCUCUAAUAUUUCAAAACCCCAAACCCUUACAAUCUCCCGAUUUAGGCUCAACCAGUGAUUACCAUUUUAACGAAUUUCGAAGUUCACAUCGCUCCAGAUACUCCAGUCGGAAAGGCAGAAACUCCAGUGCGGAUAAGACAGAAGUCAACACUUCAUUUUUUAGGCCAUUAGACGAAGACGUGCUGUUUAAUACUAUUUCUAAUUCCUCAAUAGCGUACCCAACAGCAACUCUUCAAUCCUACGGCAAAACUUGUGGCGCAUCCGUCGAGAAAGAGUUUAAGUGCGCCCGUCUAAAAUUGCAAAAUAGCGAAUCUAGCGGAAUUACAGUCGGGAUUAAAAACGACACUAUUAACUCCGGCGUUUACGUAAUUACUUGCAUUUCGCCGAAUUCCGUAGCGGAUCGGAAUGGAAAUUUACGGAUUGGAGAUGAAGUCGUGAAAGUAAAUGGAACUAGGUUACGAGGAAUGCCGUUUACUUUCGCUACUAGCUUGCUAUCUCCUCUGAACGGAGAACUGGAAAUAGUUGUCGCUCGGUAUAAUUCUGCUAAGAUCGAAGACAAUCAAAUUCGAUUCGUUACUCCUUUUCGAGCCACCUUAAAUGCUAAAUAUAAUUCAGAAUACGCGACGAGAGAGCUAUCCAAAAUUUCACUAUCGGCACUCAACCCUGAAAGUAGAGUUACAUUCUCCGAGCUACCUUUACUGCGAAGUUCAUCUUCUGUGAGCGAAUUCAAAAAAACUGUAGAAGAGGGUAGAACUAACCCUAAAGGUGACCACGCGGCCGUGACUGGAAUGCGAAAGUUUUCAAUAUGUCAGGAAUCUUCAACGAGGACGAAUAACGGAAAUAGUACAAAUAAUCAUAGUGUUCGUCGCGUGAUCGCACAUUUUCGGAAAGGUCCCGGUAUGAAAUCUUUGGGAUUUUCGGUGGUCGGGGGCAAAGAUUCUCCGAGAGGCCCGAUGGGACUCUACGUGAAAACGAUCUUCAAGUUAGGACAAGCAGCCGAAAAUGGUUGUCUCUUUGAAGGAGAUAAGAUUCUUUCUAUCAACGGAAUGACUUUCGACGGUUUAACUCAUAAGGAAGCCAUCGCUCUGUUCAAGAAUAUUAAAAGUGGUGAUAUCCAACUUGAAAUAGAAAGACGAGAGAGCUGUUCCAGCGAGAAAUAAAACAAUGUUAACGAAAACGAUUGCUAUUGCAGAUGAUAAUGUUCUAAAUUGUACUUAUGACUUAGAAUUAAAAGACUUAAUAUUUAUUGUAACUAUACCAAAAAUUAAUGUACUGACAGUUUGUGCAAUAUUUAGCUGCCGUUGUUCAAUAAGCGUACCACUAAUAAACAGUACCUAUAAUUGA